AUGGAAUUUUCUUGCCGAAAGAGACACCAGAACUAUUCUUAUUUUUAUGCCGACCAGGACCAAUUGUGCUUUUGCGUAAACGUUAAUGAACUCUUUAACGAAAUUGGGUUAGUUCAUGAUACUAAGCAUUGGCGUCUAUUCAUUGAUAGUUUCGUGUCGAGUUACAUAAUGGAACUGCCUUCAAUACCUGUGUCAUAUUCGGCACAUUUAAAGGAAGAUUACGCCAAUGUCAAGACCCUCCUCGAGAAAAUCCAAUAUCAUCAAUAUCAGUGGGAUGUUUGCGGAGAUUUUAAAAUGCUAGGAUUCUUUCUGGGAUUGCAAGGUGGUUAUACCAAAUAUUCUUGUUUUUUGUGUAAGUGGGAUAGCCGAGCGGAUAAAGAAAACUAUGUGAGAUGCAUAUGGCCUGCAAGAGAAGAUCAUAUUCCAGGAAAGGACAACGUAAUUAAUGAGCCUCUAUAG